CAAAUAUCUCAAUUAAAUAUUCAUUUUAAUCCUUGUCGUAGUCCCCGUCCAACUCCUAUUUUGGCUGCACCGGCCCAAAUAAUACAGCCUUUCUCUUCCCUUUCAGAAACGCCGGAGGGUUGGAGCCUGGAGGAAGGGGGAAAAAGAAAAAAGAAGAAGAAGGAACAAUGGAAAUCUUGGUCAGCCGAUUGAGUUGUAGUUCAGCUCUCCUCCUGCUCCUCCUGUUUCAAAUACUAGUUGUUGGUUCAUCAUCAGUUGACGCAGGGCAGCCUCCAUAUGGCUGCAAUGAAUCAGCAAAAGACUACACAUUCUGCGAAACCAAACUGGGCAUCUCCGAGAGGGCCAAAGACCUCGUCUCCAGAUUGACCCUGGACGAGAAGGUGGGGCAGCUGGUGAACACCGCGCCGGCCAUCCCGCGGCUGGGAAUCCCGGCGUACGAGUGGUGGUCGGAGGCCCUCCACGGCGUAGCCUUCAUCUCCAGCGUCCCUCAGGGCAUCCAUUUCAACGGCACCGUCACCGCCGCCACCAGCUUCCCUCAGGUCAUCCUCUCCGCCGCCUCCUUCGACGCCCGCCUUUGGUACCGCAUUGGCCAAGCGGUGGGGAGGGAGGCGCGAGCGAUAUACAACGCGGGGCAGGCUACAGGGAUGACGUUUUGGGCGCCCAACAUAAACAUCUACAGGGACCCCAGAUGGGGGAGAGGGCAGGAGACUCCAGGGGAAGACCCGACCUUGACCGGCCACUAUGCGACGUCGUAUGUUAGAGGGAUUCAAGGGGACACGUUCCAAGGAACGGCGGUCCAUGGCACGCAAAUUCUUCAGGCGUCGGCCUGCUGCAAGCAUUUCACUGCUUACGAUUUGGAUCACUGGAAAGGGAUUGACAGGUUCGUCUUUGACGCCAAAGUAACGAAACAGGACCUGGCAGACACAUACCAGCCACCCUUCCACAGCUGCAUCCAAGAAGGAAAAGCCAGCGGGAUAAUGUGCGCCUACAACCGUGUCAAUGGAGUCCCUAAUUGUGCUGACCAUGAUCUCCUCACCAACACAGCAAGGGGCCAAUGGAACUUUAAUGGGUACAUAACUUCAGAUUGUGAUGCAGUAUCCAUCAUACAUGAGAAUCAGAGUUACGCCAAAACCCCAGAAGAUGCAGCUGCUGCCGUGCUCAAAGCUGGGAUGGAUGUCAACUGUGGCAACUACUUGAAGAACUACUCCAAAUCAGCAGUGCAGAAGAAGAGACUGCUGGAAUCGGAUAUAGACAGAGCCCUCCAAAAUCUCUUCUCCGUGAGGAUGAGAUUAGGGCUAUUCAAUGGCAAUCCGGCCAAACAACCUUACGGCGACAUCGGUCCAGAUGAAGCAUGUUCAGAGGAGCAUCAGGAUCUAGCACUUGAAGCAGCCCUUCAUGGCAUUGUGCUGCUGAAGAACUCCCAUCGCCUCCUCCCCCUUGCCAAAUCCAAAACCCUGUCAUCGUCCCUUGCCGUAAUAGGCCCCAAUGCCAAUGCUUCGAAGACACUUCUGGGGAACUAUGCAGGCCCUCCUUGCAAGAUUGUGACACCAUUGCAAGGCCUGCAAAAUUAUGUGAAGAAGAAGAAGAUCAUGUAUCAUCCCGGUUGUGAUUCUGUUCAAUGUUCUAGUGCCAAGAUUGACCAGGCAGUGGAUGUGGCAAAAGGAGCAGACCAAGUGGUGCUGAUCAUGGGACUGGAUCAAACUCAAGAGAGAGAGGACCAUGACCGGGAAGAACUACUUCUCCCCGGUAAGCAGCAGAAGCUGAUAACAAGCAUAGCAAGAGCUGCCAAGAAACCAAUUGUUUUGGUGCUUCUUUGUGGUGGUCCGGUGGACAUAAGCUUUGCCAAGUAUGACAACAACAUUGGAAGCAUCUUGUGGGCAGGAUAUCCAGGUGAAGCAGGAGGACUUGCUAUUGGACAGAUCAUCUUUGGCGACCACAACCCAGGCAACAAAGCAUACCACUACUCGAACAAACUUCUUCGAAAUAUUCGAGGGAGAUUGCCGGUGACAUGGUAUCCGAAAGACUUCAUCAGAGUACCAAUGACAGAUAUGCGAAUGCGUCCAGAUCCAUCAACGGGUUAUCCGGGCCGGACUUAUAGAUUCUACAAGGGACCUAAGGUGUUUGAAUUUGGUUAUGGUCUCAGCUACUCCAACUACUCAUAUGAAAUUGUUUCUUCUUCGUCAAAGAAGAUCUACCUUAAAGCAUUAAGAGAUGAGAUGUCGAAUACAGUCCGACAAAGGCUAGUGUCCGAGAUAGACAAAGAACUUUGUGAGAAGAAAAGGUUUAUUGUCACUGUCCGGGUUGUGAACCAAGGCGAGAUGGCUGGUAAGCAUCCAGUACUGUUGUUUGUGAGAGUACCAAUGGUUGGUAAUGGGAGGCCAAUGAAGAGAUUAGUUGGUUUCCAAACUGUGAACCUAAAUGCAGGGGAAAAUGCAGAAAUUGAGUAUGAAGUGAGCCCUUGUGAACACUUCAGCAUGGCAAAUGAGCAAGGUAUGAUUGUCAUAGAAGAAGGGUUGCAUUUAUUGGUUGUCGACAACAUAGAGUACCCAGUCACAGUUGUAGUCUAAUGGAAGGCGUGGAUUCUUUGACUUGAGAAACAUGUUAGACCUAUAGUCUUUUGACCAGGAUUAUCUGAGUUCCAAGACAAAUGACCAAUUUCAUAUUCAUGUACCACGAGUAACUUAUAUCAUGAAAUAAAGUAAAAAAAAGUUAUGCAAGAAUUUUUCAAUGCAUGUACUUACGGAUAUGCAUUGGUGGUGAUCCUUGAAGCAAAGAAUGAUGCAUUAUGAGUGACACGUGCAUGCGUUGCAGAUCUUUUCUUUUAUUUCUAUAGUUACUGAACUCGUUAUUUCUUUGUUGGGAAGUUUCCUUGUGUAAGUUAA